ACGGAGAGUCUCGUGGAGUACGAGGAGCGACUCCGGCAAGGAGUAGAGAUGGCCCGUCCUGACUGCAGGGACGAGGCUAUUUCCGUGGCGGAGAGCUGUCUAGGCGAAGCGCAGUUCCAGACAGCGUACUCUCGCUUCAGCAAUAAUCUUUGUCGUACGACACCGGCGGCUGCACGCCCCGAUGGUCCUGAUCAUGUUCUCCGCGCCAUUGGCGCUGGUAUCUCCAAGCUGCUGCAGAUGCCAGGCGCUGACCCUGUGGCUGUGUACUACCGGUACAAAGGUGCCGCAGACGCCUACGCGGAGGCUGGUGGGACCGACCCCUCGGGUCGAGUGCAAGCUCGGCUUCUCUAUCUCUUCGUGAGAAGGCCGAGGUUUCGACGAAGAGAUCCCGGUGAGGAAGCACCGCCUGCGCCAGACUACUUUGCAGAGGCAGGUGGCGUCGGUCCCAUCAGGGAAGAACCCAAGUCUCGCAGCCGCAGUCGAGACCCUGCGAGUUGGGAGGAACGGUACCAGCAGUACCGCGCGACUAUGCCGGAUGAGCAGGCUAGUGCGGCGCCUUCGCUCCGGGCACAUCUGCCCGAGAAGGCGCUUCCUCACCACUACGACUUGGCUUCCUCGGGACCACCCUCCGGGCAAGAUUCGGCCCUUUUGGCCAUUGUCCAGGAGAUGAGGCGCCAGCGCGAGCAAGAUGCCAAAGAGCGCGCUGAGCAGCUCAAGUCCAUGCGCGAGGAAAAGUCGGUGUUCACCUAUAGCCUCCGGGACGACCUGCCCGUGUUCGGCGAUGGUGACUCAGACCUCGAUAAGCACCUCGAGGCUUUCAGUGACGUGUGCAUGGUCGUCAAGCCCAAAGGUGAUCGUGAAAAGCUGCGCCUAUUUGCCCGUACCCUUAAAGGUACGCGAAGGCGCUGCUAUGGCACUAUCAUCAAGGAGGCCAAGCACAACGGCGACUACGAGUCUAAGCCAGCUUCCGUCUUCGACCGUGUAGUUGCGGCGCUUGACGCGUCGUUUCACGAGAGUGACGAGGCCAAGGCUAUGAAGGCUCGCGCCAGGUAUGACAGCCUUGAAAAGAGGGCUACCCAGUUUCAGGAGUUCCAAGUCUCCUGGCUGGAAGCUCUCACGGAGCUCAACUCUGCGGGGGUGUACAAGUGCCAGAAGGACCUGCUCUACGACUACUUGCGCAAGAUUGGGUCCUUCCUCCGCGACGAAGUUUCGCGAGACAGGCGCUUCUGGCCACUGCGGCCAUCCCCUGGGGUAAAGCAGGAGUUCCGUGGUGUGGAGAAUUGGAAAGCAGCUGAGAAACGCGGCGAAUCCGAGGCCCUCCUCGCGGAAUUCGGUCGUACAGGAGCUGUUUGCAAUCUCUGCGCUGCCGUGGGGAUCAAGGACGCUGCCAACACGCAGCAGGACGCCUCCCAGACCCUCACGGCCAAGGAGAAGAAAGCAGCGAAAAAGAAGGAGAAGGAGAAGGCUGGGGCGGUGGUUUACGACUCUUCGCUGCAGGUGGCUGAGCCGGCCACUAGGCAGUGGCGUCAUUGGCCUGGGUCUCUGGCGAAGGUUCCGAAGGACCUCAAGACGGUGGCCGCAGCCCCGUCGCCAGGCUACAACGCGCAAACGCGCACCAGCUGCGCGGGUGUGGAGCUCGUGACUCUGCUGGACUCGGGAGCGACUUGCGGGUCUUUGCCUGAGUGGCUUUUCGCGGAGAUAUACGAGCGCACCGCUGCGGACGUAGCGAAAGGAUUCAAAAAGGGGACUGCCAUAGAAACGAAAUUCUAUGUGAUCCUCAGGCUCCUCUUCACCCCGGUGGGGAAAGGUUUUCCAGGAGUUGUUUUGGGGCUGCCGACCAUCGGCCCUAAGGGGCUCCAACAUCAUGUGACUGACGCUGGACAUCGGUUCGACAAGCUGGGCCUUACUCUGCCCCGCUUGGAGCUCCAGCGAGAGACUUUCCUCACUGACCUGACGGAGCUGCGUGUCGAGGCCAGCCUUUGUGCGGCGUUGGAAACCGAGGUGACCCUCGAGAGCAACCAGGUUCCGGUGGCUGAGGGUCCCGAGGUGGCUUUCGGUCACUUUGACCCCGACUUAUCCCGUGAGGGAAUGGUCGUGAUGCACAACAGCGGUCCUCUCGCGAGGCAGUGGGAGGCCGGCGACGUGGUCGCAGCCGGAAAAAGGCGGUUUUUAAAGGCCCUGUUAGGUGUGGUAGGCACCGCAACCGCGACGAAGCAUUGGCCUCAAACGGCGACUUACCUCAAUGGGUAUUUAAAGGGUCGCUGUGAGGAUGCCGGCGUGGCCGCCGAGUCGUGGAACUCCUUGGCAGUGUCGUUUACCGGGGACAUGCCGCUGCACCGUGAACUUUGGGUGGAAGACGCAGAAGCGGUUAAGACUCAACACCGCGCGUUGGUCAAAUUCGACGCCAGAGUGCAGCAUGGGGUUUUGCCUCACACUGGGGAGCGCACCUCAGUAGUGGCAUACUCCAUCUACUUGCUGGACGAGCCUCUUAGCAGGCUCACUUUCUGCAGCCAUUCAGGUCAAUUGCUUGAGCGCUGUUUCGCGCCAAUGGAGUUCCUCGAGUUUACAGACCCGACGGACACCCUCACCGUGUUUAUACAUGAGGAUUUCACGAAAGCGAGCGCUUUUGCAGAGAUGCAAUUGGGGGAACUAGGCUUUGACCUUGAAGCGAAUCGCUGCGGUGAGAAUCUCGUCGCCGAAGGCUAUCUGGUCGACCUUUGUCGAGGAAGCACACCGGGUGAUUGCAGUCCUGAAUUCGCAAACCACCUGGUUGAAGAUGAGUCUUUGGUGGACUCUAUCCUCAAUGACGAGGUUCCGACCGAGGCCUACUAUCAGGCGUACCGUGCAUUCCUGCACGACGAGUUUCCGCAGGCCCGCGUCUGCGUGCUCGAGCACAUCGCCGAGCUUGUGGAGCUCUGUGACUUGUGCAUUUGCAUAGGCUUCAGCCUGGGCAUUGACAAGCUUGUGUUGCUUAAGGAGUUCCUGGGUACCGCGAACUACAGUCGCGACCAGAUCGGACCAAAGUUCGCCGUUGCUAUGGAUCCGCUCCGACGCUAUUUGCGCGAGGGUGACAAGGCGUUUCCCAUGACGCCUCGGGGCUUGGAAGCUGUUGAGCGGCUGAAGCGUUUCAUGCGCAAGGCCACGUGCUUAGCAGUGCCCGACGAGAGAGCGGCUGCUAUAAUGGUAGCAGGCCUUACGAGCAGCUUGCUGACUGCUGCAAGGCAGGUCUGGGGGGAGCUCAUCUCCAGAUGUCCGCAGAUCUUCGUAGGUGGAACCCUUUGGCGUACCACGCUGAGUCGCUCUCAGCAGCGCAGACGCUGUGGCAUCCCUUUC